UGAAUAUUUUUAAAUAAUGAUUUGGCAACGUCGAAAUUCAUUUAAAUUAAGUGUUCAGCUAUUGGUAGCUUGUCUUUACUGUCGUGUGACUGAAGGACAACUGAACAUCGUAAGCAUCGCGGACGAGAGCCUCCAACAAGCAGGAGCAUGGCUGGCCGCCGGUGUGGCCGCGGCAGAGGCGGCCACCUCUACCAAGAUCGCCCUCGAUGUCCUUAAAAUAUCCAUUGAGGACGAAACCUCGGCUGAGAACCAGCUUUGCAGCGCGCUGUUCAAUGGGGUGUCGGGGGUGUUGGACGUGACAGCGGGGGGGUGGGAGUACGCUAAGCACGCUGCUGCACGUGUAGGAGCGCCCUACGUGCACGGGCAGGUCGGCAUCACGCAGCACGUGCACGCAGUAGACGACCUGCUCCACAACCGGAACGCUACCGACGCUGCGCUCAUCUUCACUACUGAGGCCGAGCUGGACCAAGCCCUCUAUCACCUGGUGGGGGGCAGCAGCGUGCGCGUCAUCGUGCUGGUAGGGCUGGGCAGCAACAGCACCGCAGCCCUGCGCAGGAUGCGGCCUGCGCCGGCCUACUACGUCAUCUUCGGCAGCGGCAGCGACGCGGCACAGCUCUUUGACCAGGCAAUCACUCAGAACUUCGUAACUCGAGACUCCCGCUGGACGGUCGCCAUCACAGGAACGGACCCGCAGAACUUUGUCUCUAAAGCGAUGCCCAGUGGCACCACAGUCACCAUCAUGAGUCCUGCUGCGGAGAACUGCUGUGUCGCUCAGAACCUGCCUGCACCAUGCGCCUGUACUGCUGUGAACACCCCGGAACAGCUAAUCCGCAACUUGGUCCUGAUGAUGACCAAGACACUAAAAUCCGGAAAUUUUUCUACCGUAAAAGGCGAGUGUAGCAGCCUGCCCCAGCAAGGUCCUUCAACGCAGAAGUUUCUCGAUGCCUUCAAAACUGAAGUGAGCGGCUGGAAAGGAGCGAUAUGGACCAACGAGACGCAGGAGUUGAAAGUGGCAAACACCUUCCAAUACGACGCUGUCAAAGGCAGCGUCAAAACAAAGAUCGGUUCGUGGGCCACGCAAACCGGAAUUCAACUCGAACCUCUCUUCGAAAACACGCCCAUUAAACGAUUUUUCCGCGUCGGAAGUGUAGAGUCCCGACCCUGGUUCUAUAAAGACAGCAGUCCUGAUGGCGUGUCCUUUGAAGGAUACAAAGGAUACUGCGUCGAACUCGCCCUAAGGCUUGCCAAUAUGAUGGAGUUUGACUUCAGUUUCCUCACUCCAAACGACGGCAAAUUCGGAGCAAAGAUGGCCAACGGGACAUGGAACGGUUUGGUUGCAGACCUCGCGAAUGGGGAUACAGACCUCAUCGUCGCUCCCCUGACGAUGACGUCAGAGCGCGAAGAAGUGAUCGACUUCGUCACGCCGUAUUUUGAUCAAUCCGGAAUAUCUAUCGGUGUGAUGUUGUGGCUGCUGGACCGCUACUCUCCGUACUCGGCCCAGAAUAAUGCAGAUAAAUACCCUGAAACUUGCAGAAUAUUUACCCUGAAAGAAAGCUUCUGGUUUGCCCUGACGUCCUUCACUCCGCAGGGCGGAGGGGAAGCUCCUAAAGCUCUGUCUGGUCGCACGCUGGUAGCAGCCUACUGGUUGUUCGUAGUACUGAUGCUGGCUACCUUCACUGCCAACCUCGCUGCCUUUCUCACCGUCGAGAGGAUGCAGUCUCCAGUACAGUCCCUGGAGGCCCUCGCCAGACAAGCCAAGAUCAAGUUCACAACCACGCGCGACACGUCCAUUUACGAGUACUUCUUCAAUAUGGCGCGCGCCGAAGACGAACUUUUCAGGGUGUGGAAGGAGUUGACCCUGAACAGCACGACUGACCAAAGCAAGUACCGUGUAUGGGAUUAUCCUAUCAAGGAGCAGUACACUCACAUCCUACAGGUCAUCGAGGAUACCGGCCCCGUCGCUACCGCCGAGGAGGCUUUCAAAAUGGUUCUGGACAACACAGACGGAGAGUUUGCGUUCAUCCACGACGCAGCGCAGAUACGCUACGAGCUCUACCACAGCUGCUACCUCAGCGAGGUCGGCGAGCCCUUUGCAGAGCAGCCCUACGCCAUCGCCGUGCAGCAGGGCAGCUACCUACAGGAGGAGCUUAGCAGGGCUAUCCUGGAGCUGCAGAAGGAGCGCUACUUUGAGUCGCUGCUUGCCAAGUUCUGGAACUCGUCUGCUCGCGGCUACUGCCCCAACGACGAUGAAUCUGAGGGCAUCACACUGCAGUCGCUGGGUGGCGUGUUCAUCGCGACGCUCAUAGGUCUUGUGUUGGCGCUGCUCGCCCUCGGCAUCGAAGUGAUGUACAACAAACGCGUGGGCGCCGGCAACCGCAGCGUAGUUCAGGAUAUCAACAUCAAACAGCCCGUCAACAUGAAGAACUUUGAUCCCAACAACAUGGACCUGCCUAUGGACAGGGAGAAGAUAUCCAGGAUCAGUGUUGCUCCUGUGUACUGAUUAGAUCUUGAUUAUUCCGUGGUAUCAUCAGGGAGAAUGGAGAUAAGGUGAUCUCUGGGAACAGUGUUGCCCCAGUGUACUGAUUAGAUUUUAAUUAUUACGUGUUAUCAUCAGGGAGAAUGGAGAUAAGGUGAUCUCUGGGAACAGUGUUGCCCAGUGUACUGAUUGGAUCUUAAUUAUUACGUGUUGUCAUUUAAUAGGGAAAAUGGAGAUAAGGUGAUCUCCAGGUACAGUUUUGCCCCAGUGUGCUGAAUAGAUUUUAAUUAUUACGUGCUGUCAUUUAAUAGGGAAAAUGGAGAUAGGGAGAGCUCUUGGAACAAUGUUGCCCAGCGUAUGAAUUAUAUUUUAAUUAUCACGAAAUGAGCAUAUAAUUGGCAAUACUUUAGGGAGAAUGGAGUUAGGCAGAAGAUCUCAAAUGUCAACGUCGUCCCAGUGAACUAAUUAAAUAUUGAUAUUGCGUUGGUGAUCUAAUUGGCAAUCUAAUAAGGAGAGUGGAGAUAAGGAGACAGGGAAGAGACCUCAAGGAUCAACGUCACCUCAAAGUACUAAUAAAAUAUUGAUCUCACAUGUGAAAUAUAAUAAAACCAAGCGACUUUAAAUCAACAAACAUAACGAUUCAAAAUGAAUGAUACACUUAUGUGAAGGGUUUGAUCUCUUAGCGUUUUCUUCACUGCUAAAUAUUUUUGAUUGAUUCGACCAUGUGGGCAAAAAAUAUAUAUAACU